AAACAUGGUCACGCGUGUUCUUAACAAACAAACGAGAGUUGACUAUGUCUAUGUUACUAUGAACCUCCCAAAGAAACAUCAUGUGCUUGCUUCGUUCUUAACUUUUUGCAGUUGCCACCAAUAGUCAAUGGGACGACCUCCCAAGAAACUUCAUGCUUGCUUCGUUUCUUAACUAGUAGUUUUUUUAGUUACAGUAUAUAAUUGUACAUUUCUUCUAUUUAUACUUACACUACUACUGUCUUGUCUUGUCUUCAGUUUACAAUAAAUUAAUAUCUAUGGCAAUUUAUGAACAACAGUCAAGUGUUGUUCUGUUCUUUUGGUCUUUGUUUUGUUCUGUUGUUUUGAUUUUUCUCAGUGUAGUUAUACUUCUCGUUAUAUUUUAUACUAUAUUUUAUACGGUUAUAGAUUUCUAUGCCGAUCAAGAAAAAGUAAAGUCAGAUCUUUGCGAUCCUGCAAAUUAUGAAGAACAAUCGGAUCGUUUUACCCAUGAUGUUUUCAUCAGUUUUAGAGGGGAAGACACGCGGUACAUUUUUAUCGGAUAUCUUUGCGAAGAGUUUCGAAAGAGGGGAAUCAAUGUUUUCUAUGAUGAUACAAAUCUGGAAUUAGGGGAAGAUAUUUCACCUGCACUUUGCAAAGCCAUAAAAGAAUCCAAGAUCUUAGUUAUUGUUUUUUCUGAGAAUUAUGCAUAUUCCAGGUGGUGUCUUGAUGAACUCGCCAAGAUUAGGGAAUGUACAAAAAGAAACAAUAAACAAAUUGCUUUUCCGAUUUUUUACCAUGUUGAACCAUCGGAUGUACGACAUCAAAGAAAGAGCUAUGGAGAAGCCAUGGCUGCUCAUAAGAAGAGGUUUGGAAAAAGCUCAGAAAAAAUAAAAGCAUGGACAGCAGCAUUGUCUGAAGUGGCAGACUUUAAAGGUCAUUCCAUCCACACCGGAUUCGAAAUCGAUCAUGUUAAAGAGAUUGCCGAAAGGGUCCAUGCUAAGAUACCUCCUAUAUCUCUACUUGCUCAAAAUGCAGUUGGACUUAAUCAACGCAUAGAAGAGACGAAGUCACUUCUAGACUUGAAGCCAAAUGACAAUAUUGUAUGCAUGUUGGGCAUAUAUGGACCACGUGGAAUAGGGAAAACAAAUCUUGCAAAAUUAUUGUAUAACAACAUUGCGCACGACUUUAAAGCUGCAUGUUUUAUUGCCAAUGUUACAGAGAAAUCAAAAAAUAUCAAUGGCUUAGAAGAUCUACAAGUCACACUUUUAUCAGAGAUGUUUGAGAAGACAAAUUCUAAGUUGGGGAGUACAAGUAGAGGAAUCAACGAAAUAAAACACAAACUUAGAAGGAAGAAAGUUCUUCUGGUUCUUGAUGAUGUUAAUGAGCUGGUACAAUUAGAAAACUUGGCAGGAGGAAGUGAUUGGUUUGGUCCAGGUAGUAGGAUCAUUAUAACAACAAGGGACAAAGGUUUGCUCAUGGGUACUCAUCAAAUAUUAGUUAAGACUUAUGAAAUGAAGGAACUUACGGAUCAAGAAAUAGAGAGUCAGUUAAACGAUUAUAUAAAAAGAAAAUAGAGAGUCAGUUAAACAAAAGGCUUUUUAAUUGAGAAUAACCAAUAAUUUUGUAGCAAAUCCUACAUUUUCUUGUAGUGAUAAAUCAUCGGAAACAAAAUUGAAUUUAAAUAGCCGGAAUACCUCUAGCCA